UAAAACUUCUCUUCUCUAAUCUCUUUGGCUAUCUUCUUCUACUCUACUACUUGUGAUCAUUAUUGUAACUCGAUUGACUCCUUUCUAUUUUUGAAAGUUAAAUCACGUAAUCGGUAUUAUUGGUAUCAAAGACUCAAGAUUCUGCAACAUUUCAAUCUUGAAAAUCACCUGCAAGAAACCUGGCACUUGCAAAGAAACAAGUCACGAUGCUUCAUUUGAAGGAUAUCAUGGAAGAUCGAGUGAGCUCAUUAGAGCAAAAGUUGGAGGAGCAAUCAUUAGUCUUGGGAGAAAAUCUACAGAUGAUGAAAGAUAAGAAGAAGCAGAACCCUAAAUCACCUGAAGGAUUCAUCCGCCAUGAAAAUGCAGAUGAAGAAUCAGAAAAUCUUUAUCGAGAAGAUAAUUCUAAGCACGGUAAUACAUCUCAUUCCAGAACUUUUGGUUUUUCUCCCAAACUGGAAUUUCCGUCAUUUGAUGGUAAUAAUCCUAAAGUGUGGAUGAAGAAAUGUUUAAAAUUCUUCAAUUUGUGUAAGAUUUCCUAUGAACAGAGAGUUGAUAUUGCAAGCAUGUACUUGGUUGGAAAAGCUGAAUCAUGGUUUCAUAUUUACAUCGUGGGAAAGACUCAGGUAGUAUGGGAAGAAUUUAUUAUUGACCUAUGUGCUAGCAUAAACCGAGGGAGAAUUGAAAAGUGCUAAUAAGUAUAGAUUGAGUAGAAAAAUUGGCAUGUGCGCACAAUCGCGAUCCCCUUUCACAAGUUGGAAGGAAGAUACUAUUUAUAGUGUAAAAGGAAAUACUUGGACAACAAGUACAACAGAUCGAUCUCUGCAUCGCUUGGAAUUCCAUCAAAAAACUUUAAUUGCUAAUGUAAUUUGUUCCUCUUUCCAGUUUGAUGUAUUUCUUGUACUCUAAAUCUAUUGUUCUUUCAAAUUAAUUUAAUAAAUUUGGGAGGUGUUCCCCGCCCCCCACCUAGUGCGGUUCAACCGAAAAAAAAGAUGACAUGUGUAAAGU